AUGCACAACUGUGACAUCAAUUUAAAACCAUAUUCGUGCGGAUACAUGAUACCCUCUUAUUUUUUCAUCGAUGUGAUGAAAUCACCUUAUCGCAUCACGUAUAACAUGUUCAUUCUGUUCUUCAUAAUAUAUGUAGGAGCUGGCACAGUGACGGUUGUCUCAUUGCUUUAUACGAUGUACACGUAUUUAGAAAUGUUCGUAGAGGUGCUUGAAUCAACCCUUGGUGAUGUCAAACGUUCUCAAGAUAGGAACAUACGUCGGUUUAAGCUGAUGAUCGCAUACAGGCAUCACAUAUUUUUACUUAGAUUUUGGAAGAAAAUUGAAGAAUAUUACACGUGGGGUAUGUUACUACACAUUGUGUUCAGUGGAUUGGAAAUGGCGCUGAUUCUAAUAUCGGAGUUAAUUCAUUUUGACAUUCUAUUACUUUGUCAUCUUACCUUGUAUCUGGUGGGGACGAUAUAUGUGGGCACACUAGGCGAAUAUUUAAUUAGUCUUGGAGAUAAAAUUCAAAACUCCACGUUUUAUGCAUGUCCAUGGGAUGGGGAUAUAGAAACUGUCAAAUACCUUCAUUUUAUGAAUUUGAAUUCUAGAAAAGGAUUAAUCUUACGAGCUGGGAAUAUUGCAAUUUGUUCCAAUGCACUUGCACUAUCGAUGUACAAAUUUGCAUACUCUGUUUUAAUGUUAUAUAUUAAUACACGUAAGUCAAAAGGAACGCUUUAAUCCUCACAAGGUAUCGUUGUUGGCAAUUGGAUAGCAAUUUCGAUCAUUAGAUCAUCAGCACCUCUACUGAUCACAUACUAAUGUGGCUAAUCGACCCAAAUUUUAAG